AUGCGACCCACUACGUCUGAAAGCAAUAACGACUUCAUCGUCAGCCCGUUGAGAGGUGCCACAAACCCACCAGGCGGCGCUGCUGCAGGCAGACCUAUCACGGGAAAGCGGCGCCAUGUUUCCAUUGGUGGCCAGAGUGGUUCGCCAGGGAGUGCAGAUGGGGAGGAGGAGGCCCAGGAUGACAAGAAGAAGCACCCAGUUAAACGUGCCUGUAAUGAAUGUCGUCAACAAAAGUUACGCUGUGACGUGAUCCAAGAACCGUUUACCAUAUGCACUCGAUGUCGCCGGUUAAAGCUAGAUUGCAAAAUCCAAUCUACCUUCAAACGAAUUGGAAAAAGAAGCAGGAAUGCUCAGAUGGAGCGUGAGCUCAUUGAGCUCAGGAAACAAAUAGCCAACGUCAAUGCUGCAGCCAAUUCACAGCAGUUUGUCUCUCACCAACACUCUCCAUCCAGCCGUGGCUCCCCACCCAUGCCAAUAAGCUAUACUACCACUCCAAGGACAGUCAAUCAAAGCUCAGCCAUGCUUCCCGCUGAUGAUUAUAUGAGACCUCAUGAAGCUGUUGCAUCCCUCCUUGACCUUAGGUCAGGAUUGGAUUCAUCUAGUUACAUUAGAAGCUCUAGCGGACAAUCGAUACCACAAAAACGAAUUGAAGAUGUCUCUAUCUCUGCGGAAAAAGUCGCUGAGCUAUUCGACAGAUUUUUCACAUUUUACCACCCUUUCCUUCCGUUCCUCGAUCGUGAUAAGUCGCCUGAUGAUUAUGCUUCGACAUUCCCUUUGCUAUUCUGGACUAUUAUCAGUGUCGGUGCUCGACGAUAUCAAAGCGAUGCUCUUUUUCUAAAUGCGCUUUCAGGGCCUGUGAUGAGAUCUGUGUGGAGUACUAUAGCUGAUGUGCCCCAAAGUUACCAUAUUAUUAAAGCACUGGCUCUACUUUGUACUUGGCCAUUCCCAACAAGCAGUACAUCCACAGAUCCUACCUUCAUGCUGUGCGGUAUUAUGAUGCAUAUCGCCAUGCAGAUCGGCUUACAUCGCCCAUCACAUGCACAGGAUUUCACCAAGUUCAGAGUGGAACUCAGAGAAGGUGAAUUGAAAGAUCGUGUUCGGACAUGGGCAAUCUGUAAUGUUGUCUCUCAAAGGGUUGCAACUGGGUAUGGUCAACCUCCAAUAACGUUAUUCGAUUGGACACUAUCCUCCAGGAAUGCAGGCGACCCAACUUUCAGGCUACCCGCAGACAUUCAAUCAAGAUUGGAAAUAGAAAAAUUUUCCGACAAGGUGACAAAAGCUCUUUACAGUAGCCAUCGUGAUCCUGUCGGCGUGGUAAAUGACGAUGAACGUACGGUUAUGACAUCUGUUCUUUCAAGAGAUUUUGAAGAUCUGGAAAGCAGGCUUCUGCUGGAGCACGAUCCAAUCACUCGCAUAUACCUUCGAGCUGCCGGAUUGCAUUUGCAUCUAGCUAUCUUUUUCGAUGACCCUACUACCAAAAAUUAUCUUCAGGGGCUUUCGUCUCUUUACGUCGCAACUACUGCCUUUCUCGAGACUGCUUUAGGUCUAGAAUCUACAGUAGGACCUGGUCUAAGCUAUAGCCCAAACUACAUCUACCAGAUGACUCUUGCUGCCGGUUUCACGCUGCUUAAACUGUGCAAAAGCUUCUUUGCCAUCCACAUUGAUAUGGACUACACGAAGUCACUCUUUAACCGCACCAUCUGGGCUUUGCGUAGCAUGUCAGUUUCAAACAAUGACCUGCCUGUGCGCUUAGCUGAAGUACUAGCCCAAUUGUGGAAGAUGGGAAGUUUACCACCGCCCCAACAAGCGGACAAUAAGGGCAGUGGGGCAGGUCAAUCGGAAAAGGACGACACUCUGCGCUUAAAGGUCCGUUGUCGCAUGAGCAUGUCGCUUGUGUAUGACUCUGUUUGGCGCUGGAGAGAAGAUUUUCAGGCACGCGGGAAGAACCUAGAGACCUACCUAAGAAACCCAACAAAUCCAGAUUCUGGCGGCGACUCUUCCUCCUCUUCUAUAUCUCACCUGCGCACCUCGGCUUCUACCCCGGGAGCUUUAGGAAGUGCGGACCCUAGCCUUGCCCCCCCCCCGCCAGCUCCCCUCGCGGCAAUUGGAAGUCUUGGAACACCUACCGGGGGAAAUUCGGCCACCAUGGGUUUACCCAGCGGGUUUCUAGAACCAAACUAUGAGGUUUUUGAUCCUCUCAACUGGAUUUUGGACGGUUUGGUCGAUUUUCCAUAUCCUUAUGGUGUAGGUCAGGGUAUUGAAGCUCAAGGUGUUACAUAA